AGGCAGGAGGACCACUGGGAAUUUAAGGCCAUCCUGGGCUACAUAGUGAAUUAAAGGCCAACCUGAAGUGUAGAGUCAGACCUUGUAGAGAAAAAAAGUAUGGGAAUAUUAAAAAAAAAAAAAAAAGAAUGCCAUCAUGGGUGGUUUGUAUGGCAUCGCAUCACUGGUUCUUCUGGGACCUCAACAUUAUAAGGAAUAUGGAGGAGCUGAGUCAAGCACUGGCUGGUAGCUUUUCUGUGUCCCAAGAUCUGAACAGCACAGCUGCCCCCCACCCCCGCCUGUCCCAGUACAAGUCUAAGUACAGCUCCUUGGAGCAAAGUGAGAGGCGCCGCCGGUUACUGGAACUGCAGAAAUCCAAGCGACUGGAUUAUGUGAACCAUGCCAGAAGACUGGCUGAAGAUGACUGGACAGGGAUGGAGAGUGAGGAUGGAGAUGCGAAAGAUGACGAAGAAAUGGAUGUUGACACUGGCAAGAAGUUACCAAAGCGAUAUGCUAAUCAAUUGAUGCUGUCUGAGUGGCUGAUCGAUGUCCCUUCAGAUUUGGGGCAGGAAUGGAUUGUUGUCGUGUGCCCUGUUGGUAAGAGGGCCCUGAUUGUCGCCUCCAAGGGCUCCACCAGUGCCUACACCAAGAGUGGCUACUGCGUCAACAGAUUUCCUUCCCUUCUGCCUGGAGGCAACAAGCGAAACUCUACCACAGGCAAAGAUUACACCAUCCUAGAUUGCAUUUACAAUGACGUGAGCCAGACCUACUAUGUCCUGGAUGUGAUGUGCUGGCGGGGACACCCUUUCUAUGACUGCCAGACUGAUUUCCGAUUCUAUUGGAUGCAUUCAAAGUUACCAGAAGAGGAAGGACUGGGAGAGAAAACCAAGCUCAAUCCUUUUAAAUUUGUGGGGCUAAAGAAUUUCCCAUGUACCCCUGAGAGCCUGUGCAAGGUGCUGGCUAUGGAUUUCCCUUUUGAGGUAGAUGGACUGCUCUUCUACCACAAGCAGACCCACUACAGCCCUGGAAGUACACCCUUGGUGGGCUGGCUGCGCCCCUAUAUGGUAUCAGAUGUCCUGGGCAUGGAUGUGCCUGCAGGUCCACUGACCACCAAGCCGGAGUAUGCAGGGCACCAGCUGCAACAAAUCAUUGAGCACAAGAGAAGCCAGAAGGACGCAAGGGAGAAGCUCACACACGAGGCGUGCGAGAGCGGCUGUUAUGAGUUAGAACACCUGUCCACUCCUAUGCUACAGCACCCUUCCCAGGACCCUGGCCAGCUUGGGGGCUUCAUGGAGACCUAGAAAGGGCAGCCUGCUUAGGAGCUAGGGACAGGGGCACCGGGGAGGACAGUCACAACAGGUGACUUGGUUUUACUGCAGUAGAAACUUUCUUAUCUAAAAUGCUGACUCAGGCAGCUGGAAAGGUGCUGAAUAUUCACAUGGAUUUGAACAGCUCCUACUGUGGUAAGUGUAUCUCAGAUCUGCACUGUAAACAUGUAAUUAGAAGUUGUUAGCUAGGCAUUGGUGGUAUACACCUUGGAAUCCUAGCACUCAGGAGGGUGAGGCAGGAGGAUCACCACGAAUUCAAGGCCACCCUGGACUACA